AUGCUCUCGAAAAUAUUUGAUGAUGCCGAGCUCGAACGACUACGACGUGAGGCCAUUCCCUCAUCGAAUGAAUUGGCUACUAUUGGGGAUGCGGCUCCUCAGGCGACAGACAAGCUGCCACGCGUAGAAGCCGCCGUGGAUCUUCCAGUUGUGGUUGAUUCAGACGAUGAUGAAAUGGUCUCCCACGAACUAGAGCAAAUGAGGAGUAUAUUGGAAGAGACGAUUUUGGAAACGCGCAGCAUACCUCUCGAAAAUCGACCGCGACUUCCCCCGCAUACCCCUAAGCAAGCGAAAUGGGGCUGUCGUGAGGGCUCUUAA